CGAUGUGCUAUUCCUUCUAGCUAACGCUACGAAACGCUAGCUCAUUCUACCGCCUGCAUCUUCCUCCGCGACCAUAGACUGACAAACACAAGAAGCUCAUUCACCCGCCACAUAAUAAGUCUUUAAUUUGUUAACUGUUUAAGUAAUGUAGAAUGGCGUCGUGUUUUGGGAAGAUUGUCGUUGGUACUUAUGUGGAGAUAAAGCGCAGUGAUGGACGAAUACACCAGGCAAUGGUGACCUCACUGAAUGAGGACAAUGAGAGUGUCACAGUGGAGUGGAUAGAAAAUGGAGACACAAAAGGGAAAGAGAUCGACUUGGAGAGUAUAUUUGCACUUAACCCAGAUGUGGCUCCAGAUGAGGAAAUUGCCCCAAGUCCAGAAACUCCACCCCCACCUACACCCACAUGUGUGAAGGUCAACAAAAUUGCCAAGAAUCGUCGGACGAUAGCCCCUAUUAAGAAUGACACUCCGUCCAGGGAUAAUAGAGUGAUUCCAACCCGGGCCAGACAACCACAACCUCAACAACCAGAGCCUGCACCACCACCUCCAUCUCUGCAGCCUACACAGCUCACUCAAGCUCAGACACAACAGCAACUGCAGAAUGCGAGGAGGAAGUCAAACUGCGUGAAGGAGGUGGAGAAACUGCAGGAGAAGAGAGAGAGGCGCCGGAUUCAGCAACAGGAGCUCAGAGAGAAGAGAGCUCAGGAGGUGGAUACCACCAUCCCUAACUAUGAGAUCAUGUACAUGAUCCGAGAUUUCCGAGCCAGUCUAGACUACCGGCCCCUGACCACAGCAGACCUGAUUGAAGAGCACAGAAUAUGUGUUUGUGUGAGGAAACGUCCACUCAACAAGAAGGAGUUGGGCAUGAAGGAUUUGGAUGUGAUCACCAUCCCCAGUAAGGAUGUGGUGAUGGUUCAUGAACCAAAACAAAAAGUGGACCUGACCCGCUACCUGGAGAACCAGACCUUCCGCUUCGACUACGCCUUUGAUGACAGCACCACCAAUGAGAUGGUUUACAGGUUCACUGCCAGACCUCUAGUGGAGACCAUUUUUGAGAGGGGCAUGGCCACCUGCUUUGCCUAUGGGCAGACAGGCAGUGGAAAAACACAUACUAUGGGAGGAUUCUCUGGAAAGAACCAAGACUGCGAAGGAGUUUAUGCAUUAGCUGCUCGGGAUGUAUUUCUCAUGUUGAAGAAACCCAACUACAAGAAGUUAGAUCUACAAGUGUACGCAACCUUCUUUGAAAUUUACAGCGGAAAGGUGUUUGACCUGCUGAAUCGUAAAGCUAAGCUGAGGGUGCUGGAGGACGGCAAACAGCAAGUCCAGGUUGUUGGGCUUCAGGAGAAGGACGUCAAAUGCACGGAGGAGGUCUUGAAACUCAUAGAAGUGGGAAACAGCUGCAGAACAUCAGGGCAGACAUCAGCCAACGCCCACUCAUCUCGUAGCCACGGUUUCCAGAUAAUUCUUCGGAGGAAGGGCAAAAUGCACGGCAAGUUCUCCCUCAUCGACCCUCGCAGGCAAUGAGAGGGGGCGGAUACAUCUAGUGCGGACCGCCAAACUCGUCUGGAGGGAGCUGAGAUCAACAAAAGCCUGCUCGCCCUCAAGGAGUGUAUCAGAGCUCUUGGCCUUAACAAGCCUCAUACUCCAUUCAGAGCCAGUAAACUGACUCAGGUCCUAAGAGACUCUUUCAUCGGGGAAAAUUCACGCACGUGCAUGAUUGCAACAAUCUCUCCCGGUAUGACAUCCUGUGAGAAUACCCUCAACACACUACGCUAUGCUAACAGGGUGAAGGAGCUGGCAGUGGACACCAACCAAGUGAUGGAGGGGGGUCGACCCAACAUCCAUCCUGUCAACCAGCUGGAUCUUUUAGACGAGGACUGGCUGAGUAUCUCGCCGCAAAGAGACGACCUCAAACUGCUCUGUCAGCAGAAUGAGGAGGAAGUGUCUCCGCAGCUCUUUACUUUCCAUGAGGCAGUGUCUCAGUUAGUGGAGAUGGAGGAGCAGGUCCUGGAGGACCACCGAGCGGUUUUCCAGGAGUCUAUCAGAUGGCUAGAAGAUGAAAAGGUACUUCUGGAGAUGACAGAGGAGGUGGAUUAUGAUGUGGAGUUGUAUGCCACUCAGCUGGAGCAGAUCCUAGACCAGAAGAUAGAAAUCCUCACUGAGCUCCGAGAUAAAGUGAAGUCAUUCCGCUCUACACUCCAGGAGGAGGAGCAAGCAAGUAAGCAGAUCAAUCCCAAGAGGACACGUGCUCUUUAGUGGAAAGUGGCACAUACAGAAGCAAACACACUUGAUGUCCAGCACAACUCGGGCUGUCUCCAGCAGCCGUGAAAUUGGAAUAAAAGGACAGACUGAUGUACCAACAGGCUCAAGGAAUUGCAUUUAUUUUGAUCCCUCUCCUAACAAAACUGGCUGUUCAUUCACUAUGGUCUCGUUAGAAAACUUAGGAAGGACAAUAGUUGUAUUUCCUUCAUGGAGAAUGUAUAGUCUCCCCUCUCUGUUAUUAAAUUAUUUUCUUUUAUACUUGUUUGUACUUUCUUUGAACAGAAUAUUUUUCACCUGGUUUCAGAAGAGAUCUUCAUUGAACAUGUUUUUACGGUUUAACUUACAAAACCAGUCUUUGAUUUCUGGUUGCCCUGGCUGACAUGUCUGCAUGUGCACUCUGAUGGCGUGCGUACGUACGCCACUGUCGUUGGUUUUUAUGCUUUUGGGUCGUCAGUUGGCAUUGUAAAGUCAUUAUUAUUAUAAGCGGUCUCUUCUCUCUUUUUCUUCCUUCUCAGAGCUUUUACCAGUUCGGAAGAAGCCUUUAACCACAACGUGCUUCUUCCUGUGUAUUUCUUUCCUUAUGUCCCUGAGUAUUUUACAUGUAGUUUCGCUCUGUGGCAACUGAUUUAAAAACUCGUACUUGACGUAAACAAUGUUUUCCACCCGUUUAACACUGUUAUAAAAACUGAAACUAGAAAAAACUGCUAUUAAUACAUGUAUAGUAAAAACCAUUGCUCUACCAUCGGUUGUGUUUCAGUGUUUGCACCGGAUGUAAUGUAAUGCUGGAUGAAGAAUAAAGGUACAUGUUUCAUUUAAA